AUGGCGUCGUCGGUGAAGUACGUGCGUGUGCCGCCGAACUCGGCGAGCUUGGCGGAGGCGCGCCAGCGCGUGUUCGAGUUCUUCAAGACCGCCUGCAGAUCCAUCCCUACCAUCAUGGACAUCUACACCCUUGACGACGUCACUUCUCCUUCCAAGCUCCGCUCCGUCAUCUCAUCCGAGAUCCGCAAGAAUGCUGGCGUCACUAACCCCAAGGUCAUUGAUAUGCUUUUGUUCAAGGGAACAGAGGAAUUGAGCAACAUUGUUGAGCACGCGAAACAGCGGCACCACAUUCUUGGACAAUAUGUUUUAGGUCGUGAUGGCUUAGCUCAAGAUCUCGAAACCAAGGAUCAGGGUGCGUCUGAUUUCCUGAAAAACUUCUAUAAGAGCAACUACUUCUGA